GACAGGGAUUAAGGGAUAAAGGCGCAGGGCUGGGAGGGGGAUUAGAGUCGGGGCGAGCGUCCCCACGGGCUUCCUGACCAUGGACGCGGCGUCCGCGGCUCUGCGCCACCGGCCUCAGGAUGUACAGCAAUCAAGAAGCAAAUAAAGGAGCUAUCCUCGUAAAGCACUCUUGAUUAAGUUAUGAAAAUGGAAUUGAAGCUUAUUUUUCCCUUUUGUAUGGUGAGUCCAGCACUGAGCAGUGAGCUCUGUUCUUCACUUCCAGCCAAACAGGACCGUAUAAAUGGACAGUGACAUGGACUACGAAAGACCCAAUGUUGAAACCAUCAAGUGCGUGGUUGUGGGCGACAACGCCGUGGGAAAGACCCGCCUGAUCUGUGCCCGCGCGUGCAACACCACUCUGACCCAGUACCAGCUGCUGGCCACCCAUGUGCCCACUGUGUGGGCCAUUGACCAGUACCGCGUCUGCCAAGAGGUCUUGGAGCGGUCCAGGGAUGUGGUCGAUGAAGUGAGCGUUUCUCUCAGGCUCUGGGAUACUUUUGGAGAUCACCACAAAGACAGACGUUUCGCGUAUGGAAGGUCUGACGUGGUGGUCCUCUGUUUCUCAAUCGCUAAUCCCAACUCCCUGAACCAUGUGAAAACCAUGUGGUAUCAAGAAAUCAAGCACUUCUGCCCUCGCACACCCGUGGUCCUGGUUGGCUGCCAGCUGGACCUCCGUUACGCUGACCUGGAGGCCGUUAACCGGGCCAGACGCCCCUUAGCCAGGCCUAUAAAGAGAGGUGACAUUCUGCCCCCAGAGAAAGGCCGAGAGGUGGCCAAGGAACUUGGCAUCCCGUACUAUGAGACCAGCGUGUUCGACCAGUUUGGGAUCAAGGACGUGUUUGACAACGCCAUCCGCGCUGCGCUCAUCUCCCGCCGACACCUGCAGUUCUGGAAAUCCCACUUAAAGAAAGUGCAGAAGCCUGUGCUUCAGGCACCCUUCCUACCUCCAAAGGCCCCUCCCCCGGUCAUCAAGAUCCCCGAGUGUCCUUCCACGGGGACGAGCGAGGCUGCCCGUUUGCUGGACAGUCCCCUGUGCGCCGACGUCCUCUUCGUCCUGCACAACCAGGAGCGCAUCUUUGCACACCGGAUCUACCUCGCUACCUCUUCGUCCAAGUUCUACGACCUUUUCUUCAUGGAGUGUGAAGAAUCCCCCAGCUGGGGUGAGGGAGUGUGUGAGAAGGAGGUACGAAGUAGGGAUUGGCAGGGGCAGACACCAAGUGGUGACCCACCCAAGGAAGGGGAGGAUGGCCCCCCUAGGACCCCACAGGCCAGCCUGGGCCCGCCGGAGAGUCCAGGGUCGGAGGUCCAGGGCUCAGGUCCCGAGGUGCACACCCUGUCAGGCUGGAGCAAGGGCUUUGUCAGCAUGCACAGGGAGGUACAGGUCAACCCGAUCUCCGAGAGGGCAGGCCCAGUGACCGUGGUCAGCAUGGACUCCUCAGUCCAGCCAGGCCCUUUCCGGACCCUGCUGCGGUUCCUGUAUACGGGGCAGCUGUAUGAGAAGGAGAAGGACCUCGUGGGGCUGGCUCAGAUCGCAGAGGUCCUGGAGAUGUUUGAUCUGAGGAUGAUGGUGGAGAACAUCAUGAAUAAGGAAGCCUUUAUGAACCAGGAAAUCACCAAAGCCUUCCACGUUCGGAAAGCCAACCGGAUCAAAGAGUGUCUCAGCAAGGGGACGUUCUCAGAUGUGACAUUCACCUUGGAUGAUGGAGCCAUCAGUGCCCACAAGCCAUUACUGAUCUGUAGCUGCGAGUGGAUGGCUGCCAUGUUUGGGGGAUCGUUUGUGGAAAGUGCCAACAGUGAGGUGCACCUUCCUGACAUAAACAAGGUGUCCAUGCGGGCCGUGCUGGACUAUCUCUACACCAAGCAGCUGUCACCGACCUUGGACCUGGACCCCCUGGAAUUAAUUGCCUUGGCCAACAGAUUUUGCCUGCCACACUUGGUCGCACUUGCAGAGCAGCACGCCGUUCAGGAACUGACCAAGGCUGCCAUGAGCGGUGCAGGCAUCGAUGGUGAAGUGCUGUCCUAUUUGGAGUUGGCCCAGGUUGUUUCACAAUGCCAACCAGUUGGCCGCCUGGUGUCUACACCACAUCUGCACCAACUACAACAGUGUUUGUUCCAAGUUCCGCAAGGAAAUCAAAUCAAAAUCGGCAGAGAACCAGGAGUACUUCGAGCGGCACCGCUGGCCCCCGGUCUGGUACCUGAAGGAGGAGGACCACUACCAGCGCGUGCGGCGGGAGCGGGAGAAGGAGGACGUGGCCCUGCACAAGCGCCACGCCAGGCGCAGGUGGUGCUUCUGGCACUCGUCGCCCGCGGUGGCCUGAGCGGAGACGGCGGCCUCUCGCCCGCGAGCCGGCUCGGGGCGCUGCCCUUCCUCCGCCUGGUGUCCUCACCGCGAUCAAAGCCCACGCCCACCACCCGCCAGCCGGGACAAAAAGGGAAGCACUCCCCCCUCCGAUCCUUGUCUAUUUUCCUGUUAGGAAGCUUAACAAACUUCAGUCCGUUAUUUCUUUUCUUUUUAUACAAAAAAAAAUCCACCUUUCAUGUUUCAGAUUCCAAAUUGGAAAAUAUUUUUAUAUGGUCUCUUGUAUUUUGUUGAAAUGGAAAUACUGUAUAUUAAUUUUACAGGCCACAGAUUGACCAUGAAGUUUGCCCUGAGAUUCUCUGAGCCCAUAUGAUAGCCCAAGCUUUAUUGCAUCCUUGGAGGGUUUUCCUUUUGUUAUAAGGGAAAGGGUUGGGCUGAAAUCCACCUAAGGGCAAGUGGAAAGUGUUUAAUCUUUGUUCCGCUAAAUAACCCUGGUAUAAUUACCAACCCAACCCCAAGAAUGUGUGUUUACAGUAUUUGCAGUGUAAGUGCUAGUAAUUAUAUGGUUCUAUGUGCCAUGUAAGAUAUAGUGAUAGCAAAUAUUCUGCUAUUUAAAAUGUCUACUACAUUCAAGAGGAUAAUCUUUAUAAUCAUUAGAAGGGCUUAUUAAAUCCCAGCACUAUCUAGGGCAGACCGACCCACUGGCAGACAAGCACGAGAGCCUGGCUGGUAUUCCCAGCACCAUGCUGGAGUCCAUCUCACCAUGCUUCUGUGAGCGAACUCUCCACUGACUUGAAUGACAUGACCCAGGAAACAGGUCCUCAGACUCAUCCCGCCAUCUAAGCGUCUGUCACCUUUCACCACCAGAAAAUGAGCUUCCUCAGAUCUUCUCGCCUGUGGCCAACUUCACUUUGUAAGACACGUAUUUUUAAUUCUUCCCAGGGAAAAUUCAGGUCACCGCUGGAUUAGGCCAAGGCAGACUACCAGCUCCUGUGGGAAUCCCCACUGGGCCUGUGAAAGCACAAAGCUGGAGGCUGGGUCCCUGCCUUCUCCAGCAGCGAAAGGAGUCAAAUCCCAAGUCUAGGAAAUGGUGCUAUUGUGAACUGGUUCUGACCCCAUGUCCUUCUGGGUUUUCAGUGUUAAAAAAGAAGGCAGAGAGCAGGGGAACUUUCAAGAAGCAGACACGUCACUGCUUCUCUGCAGAUUAAAAUGUUACAGCACACACACUUGUGUGCACGCACACACAUGCACACACACACACACAUACACACAUGCACAUAGCAUUGGAAGGGCCCAGCCCCACACCUGCACCCAGGAUAUUGUGGGCAAGGUGGGCCCUUGACCUCAUCUUGUUGGGAGGUCAACUUACUGAUGAUAAGGGCUAUUGAUUUUGUUUAUUUUUGUUUGUGUUUUCUAGCUUUUCAAGAGAUAGAAGGGACCUUUGAGUCCAAAGCCCAAAUUGCCAUAUGCAUUUGAAAAAAAAAUCUAUCUAGAUAAGAGAUGGGCCAUUUCUUUCUGGAACAGAAACAUACAAGAACUUGGGAGAAGCAUAAAACCACACCUUCUCCUGACAGAGGGGGAGCGCUGAGGGAGGGAUGGCGAUAAGCCGCCCCACUUAACUAUGUUAAUAGAGCUGUAAAACUAAUAGAAGGAAGAGACAGAUUUGAGGAUAGAUGUCAAGACUCAGGGAGAACUGGCAUGUAUCCAACCUUAAACUGAGAGAGGUGGCGUUUUCAGCAAGCAGUCAUCGUUGACCUUAGACAACCAAAGCUCCAUUUCAUUGUACUCUUGCCAAACGUAAUGGACACACACGUGACCGUGGGGCGCAGCAAUAAUAUCCACGCGUGUUGUUGUCACUUCUGUAACCAAGUGGCUGGUUCAUUUGGUUGAUGUGAUUAAUAUGGCCUUUCACCAUGGUGGUUUGUUUCAUGUUUUUUAUUUCACAAGAAGCCAAUAAAAUCAUUUAGCUAAAAAAUAAAAAAACAAUAAACAAUGCUGCAGUUUUGUUUCAAGAAUGAUCA